AUGAGGAGCAACGCAAAGAAGCAAAGCAAGUUGAUGUACAUUAUUUGUGCACCCAUUAGGACCUUGACCAAGGCCAGGAACUUUUACAUGAGGAGCUUGGAAGAUUGUGCUAGCAAGGUAGGUUAUGGUGGUGGUGGAGUGAGUGGCUACACUGCCUCUCAAGUUCCACGCUUGCCCAAGAGCUUCAGUGUCAAUUCCUCGAGCUCUAGCGACGAUGAGGACUUGAGGCAGCUUCUCAGAACGGCGUCGUCGAAGAAUUCAAAGAGGAAUGAUGUAGAGAAGAAGAACAAUAAUAAGCCUGCAGGUGAUUUAGAUGUGCAUAAAAGACCAGUUGUGAGACAAGCAGCUCAACCCAUUGCGGGACAACAAACUAUGAAUGGGAUGGGGAUGAGGAGUUAUAGUGUAGGGUUGAAGAUGCGAAGGAUUGAUGAGGAGAGGGCUUGUUCUUUUGAGGAAGAUGAAGUGAAUGUUGUGAAGGCUGAUUUGUACCCAAGAAGUAGAAGUUAUGCUGUCAAGAGAAGAAGUGGUGGGUUUGCAUAA